AUGUCUUUAAUAGAAGCUGCUAAGCACUUUACUCGAGCUUUUGCUAAAGCCCGCGAUCUUAAGUUCGGAUCCGAUGCUCGUGAUCACUUACUCCUCGGCGUUGAAAAAUUAGCCGAUGCUGUUGUUUCAACACUUGGCCCAAAGGGUCGCAACGUUAUGAUUGAGCUCCCAUACGGCCCGCCAAAAGUCACAAAGGAUGGUGUUACAGUUGCUAAAUCAAUCGAAUUCAAGGACAAGUGGCAAAAUCUUGGUGCCCAGCUUGUUAUCAAUGUUGCCCAGAAGACAAACGAUGUUGCUGGUGAUGGCACAACAACAGCUACAUUGCUUACCCGCGAAUUAUACAGAGAGUCAAUUAAAGCGUUAUCUGCCGGUCUUGAUCCAAACAAGGUCCGCAAGGGCAUGACACUUGCUGUCGAUGCUGUCGUUAAGGAACUCGAGAAAUCAACAAAGAAAGUCUCAUCUCCAGACGAAAUUUUCAAUGUUGCCACAAUCUCUGCCAAUGGCAGCGAAAAGAUCGGUCAUCUCAUUGCCGAUGCCUUCAAGGCUGUCGGAAACGAGGGCGUUAUCACGGUCGCUAUGGGUAAGAAGUUCGACCACGAACUCGAAACAGUCCAAGGCAUGAAAAUUGACCGUGGCUACAUAUCCUCAUACUUCCAGAAUGAUACAAAGUCCAUGAAGUGCGAGUAUGAGAAUCCAUAUAUCCUUAUUACAGAUAUCAAGAUCAAUUCUUUCGCCCAGAUCGCUCCAAUCCUCGAAAAGAUCAUUACAACAGGUCGCCCACUCCUCAUCAUUGCCGAUGAUGUCGAAGGCGAUGCUCUUGCUACAUUAAUCGUCAACAAAAUCCGUGGAUCCCUCAAAGUUGUUGCUAUCAGAGCUCCAGGCUUCGGUGACAACAAGAAGAACACAUUACAAGACAUUGCCGUCGCUACAGGUGGCCAAUACAUCUCAGAAGAACUUGGUCUCAAACUUGAAGAAGCCACACAACAGAUGCUCGGCCAAUGCAACAAGAUUACAGUUUCCAAGGACGACUGCAUCAUCCUCGGCGGUGCUGGCGACAAGGACGCAAUGAAGGCCAGAUCAGAAGAUAUCAAGAAGCAGCUUUCCAACACACAGAGCAAAUACGAGACAGACAAACUCCGUGAGAGACUUGCCAAGCUCACUGGCGGUGUUGCUGUCAUCUCCGUUGGCGGUGCAAACGAAGUCGAAGUCGGUGAAGAGAAAGACCUCAUUGACGAUGCAUUGAAUGCUACACGCGCUGCCAUUGAAGAAGGUAUUGUUGCCGGUGGUGGAACAGCUCUCCUUAGAGCAUCAGCUGUUUUGGAACCACUCAAGAAGGACAAAGGUCUUGAGGAGAGAACAGGCAUCGAAAUCAUCCAGAACGCCAUCAAACAGCCAGUCAUAGCCAUUGCUAAGAAUGCUGGAAUUUCUGGUGAUGUCGUUGCUGAUAGAAUCCUUAGAAACAAUGAUAAGAACUUCGGUUACGAUGCAAGAAAUAACCAGUACACAAAUAUGUUCGAGAAGGGAAUUAUCGACCCAACAAAGGUUGUUAGAAUGGCUCUCCUUAACUCAGCUUCUGUUGCUUCAUCAAUGAUGUCCGCUGGAGUUAUGAUCACUGAGUUACCAGAGAAACCAGCCGCUGCUGGACAACCAGCUAUGCCACCAAUGGAUGGAAUGUUCUAA